CUCGAUCCUUUCUGUCUUAAGCCUCUUGGCUUAUGGCAAGUUUUCCGGCGAGAUUCUUGUAACGUUGCCGGCAGACUUUGUCCGGAAGCUCGUACCAGUCAGACCAGUGAAUCGGCCCAACCAGACCUGUGCGGUCACCGAUUCAGUGUGGUCCGAUUCGGAAAACAUCAUUUUAUGUGUGGUCUCAGGGCCUAUUUAUCAAAGCAUAGCGUAUCAAAAGCUCUGAAGAAGCCUGUACAUCAAAGUACGGCCUCUCAAGCUCUACAGGUUCAUGACACAAGAAACAAAUAUGGUUGGAAGAAGAAGGGAGCAAUCACAGACACAAUGGAUGUUGGAUUUGAUGAAUGGGAAGCUCAGUAUGAACAGGGAGGAAGAGGCCGAGGAAUGGAAACAACGUUGCAUUUACAAAGUCCCACGCUUCCUCAAAGAGCUCCACAACGAAGCCUUCAUUCCCAGGGUUGUAUCAUUGGGCCCCUUUCACCAUGGCUCGCCGCACCUCCAACCCAUGGAGCAACACAAGCGUCGGGCGCUCCUCCACUUUCUCAACCGCUCGGAGCACCCCCUCAAAGUCUACCUUGAUGCACUCCAAGCCAAGGAGCAGGCAAUCCGGGACUGCUACGAGUGGCCAUGCGACCUGGCCCCUCCCGAGAGCGUCGAGUUCCUUAACAUGAUGCUGCUUGAUGGCUGUUUCCUUCUUGAACUCCACCGUGUCAGCCAAACAGACGGUGAGACAGGCUACGCAGCUGAGGAUCCGGUGUUCGGCUCAAAAUUGGCAUUGUUCUUUGCUCACCACCACAAUCAUGACCUUAUGAUGCUGGAGAAUCAGAUCCCUUUGAUGGUCUUGAACACUCUGUUGGACCCGCUUGGAACAGGGAUCCGCACCCGGGUGAAUGAGCUGAUGCUUGAGUUAUUAGGGGAGGAGAUCCAAGGGGAGGUUUCCGAGGGCAAGAUGGGGUUGCAUGCCCUACAAGUUUACAUUAUGAACAGUCUCAUCGGCAACAUCCCUGAGAUCGAGGAGUUGAGCGACCCGGAGCCAUAUUUCAAGAAGUUGCCCUCGGCCACAGCGUUGCAUGAAGCUGGGGUGAGGUUCGAAAUUAGCAGCAUGAGUGGGCUCACGAACAUCACCUUCGACCAUGGAGUGCUACGGCUGCCAUGGAUAGCCAUUCAUGGAUCUACGGAAGCCUUUUUUUUGAAUGUGAUGGCAUUUGAGCAGUUGAAUGUCAGGAAUUCGAACUGUGUCUGCUCAUAUAUAAGCUUUUUGGAUGAUCUGAUAGAUACAACCAAGGAUAUUGAACUGCUAGUUUCUUCCGGAAUCAUAGAAAAUAGGAUGGGAAGUGAUGAACAUGUGGCUGAUGUCUUCAACAAGGUCACCAAGGGCAUAGUCUUUUCUGAGAAUCCCCACUUGAUGGGGGUACGGACCAGGCUCAUCCGCUAUUGCAAGAAGCGUCGUAACAGGUGGGGGGCAUACUUCAUCCACACCUACCUUAGUGACCCAUGGACGCUUAUAUCGUUGCUGGCAGCGGUAUUCCUACUGCUACUAACGGUGGUUCAGACUCUGUAUACGGUGCUCAGCUACUACAACUAAUUUGAUGCAUGAGUCUUCACUUCCUCUAGCUGUAACUGCACCCAUUGCAUGAAAGUGUAUUAUGAUCCUAUCAUUAGGGCAUGUUGGAUUUUGGAGCAAUGAUUCCUUACAAAUCAAGUCUUGAUGAUCAUUGCUGAAUAACGAAGCACCGACUGGAUUGAUAGAAAUUCAUUUAAACCAGAAGAUUUUAUA